GAGAGGGUAGAGUAGAGAGGGGGUGAGCUCCAGGUGGCGGCUAGGGUUAGGGUUUUAGGGUGAACUCACCGCGCCACCACCCCUCCCGCAUCUUCCACCUCCGCCUCUAAACCCCGCACGCCCGCAACCCAUCGUGCCUGAUUCGUCCAUCCGCCAUUGAUGGCGGUCUUGUCACCGGCGGCGUUGUCCUAAGUGGUUUGGGUGUUGUGCAAGAGGGUGGUUUCGUUGCGGGGGGAGGAGGAUCCGAUGGGGACGAAGAACCAGUUCGACCUGCUCGUCGACGUCGACAACGACGACCCCUCGCACCUCAUCGCCGCCGCCGAGAAGAAGGCGGCGGCGGCGGCCGCGUCGCCCAAGCCGGCCGCCCAGGCAAAGCUGCCCACCAAGCCGCCGCCGCCCGCGCAGGCUGUAAAGGAGUCCAGGAACUAUGGUGCUCCAGCCCGUGAGGGGGCAGGCCGCAAUGGACCAGGGCGUGGCAGUGGUGGUUUUGGUGGAGGCAGGAUAGGCCAAAGGCGUGAUUUUGGUGAGGGUGAUACCAACGGUGUAGAGGGAGGGUAUGGCGCUAGCGGCUUUGGGGAUGGAAUUGUGAGGAGGGAAGAAGGUGAACACAGACCUUCAGAGAGGGGCCAUGGACCACGCCAGCCUUACCGUGGCGGAGGCCGACGUGGCGGUUACACUGGUGGGGAGGCUGGGGAUGAGUCUGGUCGUGCUCCUCACCGUGCCUAUGAACGUCGUAGUGGCACAGGUCGAGGGUAUGGGAUGAAACGUGAAGGCGCAGGCCGUGGUAACUGGGGAACUGUGACUGAUGAAGCCCUUGCCCAGGAAUCUGGUGAGGCUGUCAGUAUUGAAGUGUCUGUUACCGUGACUGAGGAAAACAAGCAGGAAGAUGUACCACAAUCUGAUGAAGUCGAGAAACACAAGGAGGGUGAAUCAAAUGAAGAGGAAGAAAAGGAACCUGAAGACAAGGAGAUGACUUUGGAGGAAUAUGAGAAAGUACUGGAGGAGAAGAGGAAAGCUUUGCUUUCACUGAAGGUUGAAGAGAGAAAGGUUGUGGUGGACAAGGAAUUGCAGUCAAUGCAACAGCUCUCAGUGAAGAAGGAUUCUGAUGAAGUGUUCAUCAAGCUGGGUUCUGACAAGGACAAAAAGAAAGAAAAUGUUGAAAGAGAUGAACGCACCAGGAAGUCUCUUAGCAUCAAUGAAUUCCUGAAGCCGGCUGAAGGUGAAAGAUACUACAGCCCAGGUGGGCGGGGGCGGGGACGUGGCAGAGGACGUGGUGACCGUGGAGGAUUCCGGGAUGGCUAUAGCUCUCGAGGUCCUGUUGCCGCACCAAGAAUUGAAGAUCAAGCGCAGUUUCCCGGCUUGGCUGGGAGAUUGGUGCACUAGCUGCCAUGAUAUGAUCUCCUUGCACUUUUUGUGGGAUUUUAAAAAUGUGUCUGCACGCGUUGCUUGCUGCAUCAGUGUUGUACUGUCAAGCUACGCAUAUGCCACUGUUGUGUCUCAUGUAUACCCGUGCGGCCGAGCCAAAUGUUUGAAAGGUAAUUUUCAAAAAAUCUCAUUGGAGGUUUUCCGUGUGUUGGUCAUGUCAA